CGACGGCUUCCGCCGCCACAGGGCGCCUCUGGGCAGCCCACCACACGAGGUUAUGCCUUAAUAGUGGUAUUACUAAGGCCCUGUCGCGAAGGAUUUGCAAGAAACGCUGCCCGAACACCAGAAGUACCAUUCAGCACCGCGAGGCCGACGCGAUGGCCGAGCGCACGUCGCCCGCGACCCUCCGGUCGCAGCCGGACUACGAGGCGUCUCCCACAUAUCUGACGUCGGCGCUCCCGCCCCGCGAGGGCCAACGACCGCGGACGGAGUCGUGCCUGCCCCACGCGCAAAUGGAAGCCGAGAGCCCGGACGCAAUUUUCGAGGCGCUCACCGCGGCAGCUUCCGCGAGCCUGGGCGAUGGCGUGGUGGAGGGCCCUACGACGGUGUCGGUGCCAUCCACGUGGCCAGCGUACCACCUUUGCAGGCCGUGCGGCGACGCCAUGCCGCGCGAGGCGUGCAUGACGCCGGGCGGCCCGGCCUGUGGUCUUGAGCUGUGUGGAAAUCAACCAGUGCGUCGGGUGCACCGACAAUUCUUCACUAAGUCAUUUCCCGGCGAUGAUGCUGCCGUGCUGGCUCCAUGGAGCGGCGAGGAACCGGCAUCGCCACGCCAUCGAGCAGGCGUCGCGUCGAUGGCGUGGGGGACGACGCGACGAUUCAGCACGAACGCGCCGUGAAAUUUUGAUUUCCACAUAGGUCUAGAGUUUGCCCACGUGCACGCCCGAUAUAUCCCGGGCGACCAUCCGACCGCGGUCCAGGCCAAAGCCCGAGGUCUGCCAUGGCAGGCGUACCAGGGCGGCGGUCAGGGCUCGAUGCACCUGUGCCUCACCCUGCGAGACGCGGCGGCCGUCCUGGACGCGGGCUGGGGCGAGCUGCACCUGCUCGCCGGAAGGACCAUGGGGCCGGGCGCAAAGGUGCCGCGCGGACUCGUACUCGUCUAUGCGCCGCGCACGGCCGAGGAGGUCUCGACGGUGGUGCGGAUCCUGGGGGCGUCGCAUGCGUUUGCCCGAUCGGCGUGAAUGUGUAAAGAUG